CUCUAAUAACCCAAAUGAGAGCACAAGAUUUCGUUUCGAACAUUCCAUCAUCGCUCGCUCCCAAAGGAAAAAACCAGUCGCGUCUCCUUCUUUAAUUUCUUCUCGAAUCUUGGUUUCACCUCCGAUUCAGGAGAAAUCACUGAGAUUCUUCGUUCGAAGUAGAAGAUAUGGCAACUCUUGAAGACUCUUUCCUCGCUGACCUUGAUGAGUUAUCUGACAAUGAAGCAGAAUUGGAUGAGAAUGAUGGUAAUGGUGGAAUGGAGGAAGAAGAUAUUGACAUGGACAUGGCCGACUUAGAGACCCUUAAUUACGAUGAUCUCGAUAGCGUUUCUAAGCUACAGAAAUCUCAGAGAUACAUUGAUAUAAUGAAGAAAGUGGAAGAGGCUCUUGGAAAGGAUGCUGAUGGAGCGGAGAAAGGAACUGUACUAGAAGAUGAUCCUGAGUACAAGCUAAUCGUGGAUUGCAAUCAGCUCUCGGUCGACAUUGAGAAUGAGAUUGUCAUCGUACACAACUUCAUUAAAGACAAGUACAGGCUUAAGUUUCAAGAGCUUGAAUCGCUGGUACAUCACCCAAUCGACUAUGCCCGUGUUGUGAAAAAAAUUGGCAAUGAGACGGAUCUAACACUUGUUGAUCUGGAAGGCCUUCUUCCUUCUGCUAUUAUCAUGGUUGUUUCAGUGACUGCUUUGACCACUAAAGGGAACCCACUUCCAGAGGAUGUCCUUCAGAAGACGCUAGAGGCUUGUGAUCGAGCUCUGGAUCUUGACUCUUCACGGAAGAAGGUUCUCGACUUCGUUGAAAGCAAGAUGGGAUCUAUCGCACCGAACCUGUCCGCUAUUGUCGGGAGCGCUGUUGCAGCCAAGCUGAUGGGAACUGCUGGAGGUUUGUCAGCGCUUGCUAAAAUGCCUGCAUGUAAUGUUCAAGUUCUUGGGCACAAGAGGAAGAACCUUGCUGGGUUCUCUAGUGCAACGUCAGUGUCACGUGUGGGUUAUCUGGAUCAGACUGAGAUUUUCCAGAGCACGCCUCCUAGUCUUCGGAUGCGUGUUGGCAGGCUCUUGGCUGCGAAAUCUACUUUGGCAGCAAGGGUUGAUGCUACUAGAGGAGACCCGUCGGGAACAAAUGGAAAAGCCUUGAGGGAGGCAAUCCGUAAGAAGAUUGAGAAGUGGCAAGAACCUCCUCCUGCAAGGCAGCCUAAGCCACUUCCUGUUCCUGAUUCCGAGCCUAAAAAGAGAAGAGGUGGUCGCCGUCUGAGAAAAAUGAAAGAAAGGUAUGCAGUGACAGACAUGAGGAAGCUUGCCAACAGGAUGGCUUUUGGUACACCUGAAGAGAGCUCUCUUGGUGAUGGGCUAGGUGAAGGAUACGGGAUGCUUGGCCAAGCUGGGAGCAACAGGCUUCGUGUAUCCAGUGUUCCGAGCAAGCUGAAACUCAAUGCUAAGGUCGCCAAAAAGCUCAAAGAAAGACAGUACACAGGUGGUGCUACUACAUCUGGUUUGACUUCGAGUCUGGCUUUCACUCCUGUGCAGGGAAUAGAGCUGUGUAAUCCUCAGGCCUUGGGACUAGGCAGUGGGACUCAGAGCACUUACUUCUCGGAGUCAGGAACCUUCUCUAAGCUGAAGAAGAUAUAAACUUGCCAGAGAGAUGUAACGUUUCUUAUGUUUGAAAGAUGAUGGUGUAAAUAUAGAAAGUGGUGUUUUUCACUGCUUUCUAUUUCUCUUUUGUGCUUUAAGGUGUUUCUCUGUCGAAUCACUUUUAUGGCAACACCCGAAUAUCAACAACCUUGGUCCUUGACACUUUAAAUGAAAGUUUAAGAUUCUCAAUAUAAUGUUGUUCGAUCUUGGUUUGGUUUGUAGUAUUUUACGGUUUUGGAAUAGUGUCAAAUUUAGAAUCGAUUGGUACGUUUUCGGU